GCAGACCCCGCCGGCUGAGCCGUUUUCCCCUUUGAAAAAAACAGACCCUCACCCUAUCUCUACAUGAUUGAGAUCGAUGUUUGAUCUGAAAUCUUCCAAUAUUUUUGUGCAUUCAAUUUGAAUAAUUAUGAGAGACGAUGACGUCCUCCCCGUAUCCACCCCCACUUCUUCAUCAGUAUCUUAUGUAUCGUCGUCUUCGUCUCGGAAGGAAUCUUCCUCGGAUUCCUCCUCCAUCUUCGGCCGCGGCCGCUACAAGUUUUGGGCCUUCGCCGUGAUUCUGAUGCUCGCAUUCUGGUCUAUGCUCACCGGCACCGUCUCCCUCCGCUUUUCCGCCGGAGAUCUCGAUGACAGCUUCGCACAAGACUACCACUCCCCCUCCGCCGAUGAUCUUGACGUUCUCGAUAUGGAGGAGAGGGAGAAGAUGGUGAGGCACAUGUGGGAUGUGUACACCAACAGCCAGAGGAUGAAAUUGGCAGGUUUUUGGCAGGAAGCCUUUGUGGCUGCCUACGAGGAUUUGACUAGCGAGGUACCUGAAGUUAGGGAGGAUGCUAUUUCGGAGAUCGCUAGGAUGUCAGCUCAUUACUUGGAUCUCACCCCGCCUCCACGAUAUUCUUCGUUAUCAUUGGGGUUACGGAAUUUGAAUAUAAAGGAUAAAGAAAAGCAAGUGUAGGGAAACCCAGCACCAGCAGCAGGUAAAUUAGGCUUGAAAAUCACUGAGGAAUGGAAUCAGUGACUGUAACUUGCUUCGGGAAGAAUGUGUGCUGUGUGGAUACUACUUCCUUGUUUUGGAAAUACAGAUUACAUUCUACUUUUGCUUUUUCUCAUUUAUUUCUACAUUUUAUGUUUCUGUA